CCGUGGUGCCCAACGCGCUGCACCGCGGCCCAGCAGGCACUGUCCUCCUUGUCGUUUCCGGGGACCCCAGGACCCCCGCGGCGGCGCAGAGGCCGGGAGCUCGCGGACCCCACCCGGCCGCGUGCUCACCGUGCGCUCCCGCACGCCUGGCGCGCAGCGCGCGUUCCUUCCCGGCGAGGACGGCGCUGGCGGCGAGGAGCGGCUCCAGGUCCCGGGCCGCCCGUGCGCUCUGCCCAGGCCCAGCGGCUCGCGGGGCGCGGGACGGAAGGGUCGGGCUUUCCGAUUCCCGGGUCUGCGGGUCCGGAGGCUCGGGCGGGCGGAGGCGCGGAAAUCCCUCCCGGAGCGGGUGGUGCACGGCGUUUGUGCACAGCGGGGGACGCGCGCAGCCAGGCCCGGCUCCACCCCGCGGCCCCGCGCGGGGCCAGGCCCGGCCGAGCACAGCGGGGUCCCGCGGGGGCGGGCCGCGGGCGGGGCCGGGGCAGGUGGAGCCGGGCCUCCCUGCCACUCCCGGCUGGCCCGCGCCUGGCCUCUCCUCCGACUCGGUCCGAGGCGCGGCCCGCGGCUGUGGCGUCUCCCGGGUGGCCGGUGGCUGAAGCGGACCCCAGUGCGGGAGCAGUAAAGGAGCCGAAGAUGGGCGAGGACAGUAAAAAGAAGAAGGAAAAGAAACCAGCUGUCAGUGUAUUUGCCAUGUUUCGCUAUGCAAGUAGGCUGGACAGGUUGUACAUGGUGCUGGGGACUCUGGCUGCUGUUAUCCAUGGAACUGCGCUUCCUCUCAUGAUGCUGGUGUUUGGAGACAUGACAGACAGCUUUUCAAAUGCAGGAAGCAGUAUUUCAUCAAACAUUACUAAUCAAAGUGUGAUCAACAAAACACUGAUCUUCAGACUUCUGGAGGAAGAGAUGACCAUUUAUGCCUAUUAUUAUACUGGAAUCGGUGCUGGUGUGCUUAUUGCUGCUUACAUUCAGGUUUCAUUUUGGUGCCUGGCAGCUGGAAGACAGAUACACAAAAUUAGAACACAGUUUUUCCAUGCAAUAAUGAAACAGGAGAUUGGCUGGUUUGAUGUGCAUGAUGCUGGGGAGCUGAACACCCGUCUCACAGAUGAUGUCUCCAAAAUUAAUGAAGGAAUUGGUGACAAAAUUGGAAUGUUGAUUCAGUCACUGGCAACAUUUUUGGCUGGUUUUAUAGUAGGAUUUACACGUAGUUGGAAACUAACUCUUGUGGUUUUGGCUGUCGGCCCUGUUCUUGGACUAUCAGCUGGGAUCUGGGCAAAGAUACUAUCUUCAUUUACUGAUAAAGAGCUCUCAGCAUAUGCAAAAGCUGGAGCCGUGGCUGAAGAAGUCUUAGCAGCCAUUAGAACUGUGAUUGCAUUUGGAGGACAAAACAAAGAACUUGAAAGGUAUAAUAAUAAUUUAGAAGAUGCUAAAAGAAUUGGGAUAAAGAAAGCCAUCACAGCCAACAUUUCUAUUGGUGUUGCUUUCCUACUGAUCUAUGCAUCCUAUGCUCUGGCCUUUUGGUAUGGGACUACUUUGGUCCUCGCAAAUGAAUGCUCCAUUGGACAAGUGCUCACUGUCCUAUUUUCUGUAUUAAUUGGGGCAUUUAGUGUUGGACAGGCAUCUCCAAACAUUCAAGCAUUUGCAAAUGCAAGAGGAGCAGCUUAUGAAAUAUUCAGAAUAAUUGAUAAUGAGCCACAUAUUGACAGCUUUUCAACAACUGGCCACAAACCUGACAAUAUUAAGGGAAAUUUGGAAUUUAAAAAUAUUCAUUUCAGUUACCCCUCCCGCAAAGAAGUCAAGAUCUUGAAGGGCCUCAACCUGAAGGUGCAGAGCGGGCAGACUGUGGCCCUGGUUGGGAACAGCGGCUGUGGGAAGAGUACCACGGUGCAGCUGUUACAGAGGCUCUACGACCCCACCGAGGGCACGGUCACUAUUGAUGGCCAGGACAUCAGGACCAUAAACGUGAGGUAUCUGCGGGAGAUUAUCGGUGUGGUGAGUCAGGAACCUGUGCUGUUUGCCACCACAAUAGCUGAAAACAUUCGCUAUGGUCGAGAGAAUGUCACCAUGGAAGAGAUUGAGAAAGCUGUCAAGGAAGCUAACGCCUAUGACUUCAUCAUGAAGCUGCCUCAUAAAUUCGACACCCUGGUUGGAGAGAGAGGGGCACAGCUGAGUGGUGGGCAGAAGCAGAGAAUCGCCAUAGCGCGGGCCCUGGUUCGCAACCCCAAGAUCCUGCUGCUGGACGAGGCCACGUCGGCCCUGGACACGGAGAGUGAGGCGGUGGUGCAGGUGGCCCUGGACAAGGCCCGAGAAGGCCGGACCACCAUUGUGAUAGCUCAUCGCCUGUCCACAGUUCGGAAUGCUGAUGUCAUCGCUGGGCUUGAGGACGGAGUCAUUGUGGAGAGAGGAAGUCAUGAUGAACUCAUGAAAGAGAAAGGCGUUUACUACAGACUUGUCACAAUGCAGACAAUAGAAAGUGGAGACGAAUUAGAAAAUGAAGUUUGUGAAUCUAAAAGUGAAAAUGAUGCCCUGGCAAUGUCUUUAAAAGGUUCAGGAUCCAGUCUGAAAAGAAGAUCAACUCGGAAGAGUGACAGUGGAUCACAAGGACAAGACAGAAAACUUAGUACAAAAGAGGCACUGGAAGAAAAUGUGCCUCCAGUUUCCUUUUGGAGGAUUUUAAAGCUGAACAUAACAGAAUGGCCUUAUUUUGUGGUAGGUGUUUUUUGUGCCAUUAUAAAUGGAGGCCUGGAACCAGCAUUUGCAGUAAUAUUUUCAAAGAUUGUAGGGCUGUUCUCAAGAAAUGAUGAUCCGGAAACAAAACGACAGAACAGUAAUCUCUUUUCACUAUUAUUUCUAGUCCUUGGAAUGAUCUCUUUGAUUACAUUUUUUCUUCAGGGCUUCACAUUUGGUAAAGCUGGAGAGAUCCUCACCAAGCGGCUGCGGUACCUGGUUUUCAGGUCCAUCCUGAGACAGGAUGUGAGUUGGUUCGAUGAUCAUAAAAAUAGCACCGGAGCUUUGACUACCAGGCUUGCCACUGACGCUGCUCAAGUAAAAGGGGCUAUUGGUGCCAGGCUUGCUGUACUUACCCAGAAUGUAGCAAAUCUUGGGACAGGAAUUAUUAUUUCUUUCAUCUAUGGCUGGCAGUUGACUCUUUUACUCUUAGCAGUUGUACCCAUCAUUGUAGUAGCAGGAGUCAUUGAGAUGAAAAUGUUGUCUGGACAAGCACGCAGAGAUAAGAAAGAGCUGGAAGUUUCUGGAAAGAUUGCUAUUGAGGCGAUAGAAAACUUCCGAACCGUCGUGUCCUUGACCCGGGAGCAGAAGUUUGAGCAUAUGUAUGCACAGAGUUUGCAGGUGCCAUACAGAAACUCUUUGAGGAAAGCACACAUCUUUGGACUCACGUUUUCCUUCACUCAGGCAAUGAUGUAUUUUUCCUAUGCUGCUUGUUUCCGGUUUAGUGCCUUCUUAGUGGCACGUGAAAUCAUGAAUUAUGAAAAUGUUAUGUUGGUAUUUUCAGCCAUCGUCUUUGGCGCCAUGGCAGUCGGACAGUUCACUUCGUUUGCCCCUGACUACGCCAAAGCCAAAGUGUCAGCCUCCCACAUCAUCAUGAUCAUGGAAAAGGUCCCUACCAUUGACAGCUACAGCACAGCAGGCCUGAAGCCAAAUAUGCUAGAAGGAAAUGUGACCUUCAGCGAUGUUGUGUUCAACUAUCCCACCCGACCAGACAUCCCAGUGCUUCAGGGGCUGAGCCUGCAGGUGAAGAAGGGCCAGACGCUGGCCUUGGUGGGCAGCAGCGGCUGUGGGAAGAGCACUGCAGUCCAGCUCUUGGAGCGGUUCUACAGCCCCUUGGCCGGGACGGUGCUUGUGGAUGGCAAAGAAAUACAGCAACUGAAUGUGCAGUGGCUGCGAGCACAGCUGGGCAUCGUGUCCCAGGAGCCCAUCCUGUUUGACUGCAGCAUCGGGGAGAACAUCGCCUAUGGAGACAACAGCCGGACCGUGUCACAGGAGGAGAUCGAGCAGGCAGCCAGGGAGGCCAACAUCCACCAGUUCAUCGAGUCGCUGCCUAACAAAUAUGACACCAAAGUGGGAGACAAAGGAACCCAGCUCUCUGGAGGCCAGAAACAGCGCAUAGCCAUCGCUCGUGCCCUCAUCAGGCAGCCUCGGAUUUUGCUUUUGGAUGAAGCAACAUCAGCUCUGGAUACUGAAAGUGAAAAGGUUGUCCAGGAAGCCCUUGACAAAGCCAGAGAGGGCCGCACCUGCAUCGUGAUUGCUCAUCGCCUCUCCACCAUCCAGAACGCAGACGUCAUUGUGGUGAUUCAGAACGGCAAGGUCCAGGAACAUGGCACACACCAGCAGCUGCUUGCACAGAAAGGCAUCUAUUACUCCAUGGUCAAUGUCCAGGCUAGAGCAAAGACCUAGUGAACUGUGAUCAUAUGAGAUGUUAAAUAUUUUUUAAUAUUUUUGCUUAAAUAUGACAUCCAAUCAAACUAAAAAGCAUUUAUUGGAUUAGUUAUAGUUAACUAUAUAAAGAUAGUUAAAUAUUUAACAUUUCCUGGCACAAUUGAAGAUGAUUUAUCAAGUUCAGAGUCUACAGAGACUUCCUAAUUAAAGGAGCAGAAAUAAAAUCAUUAUAGGGAGGGUAGAUAAUGGCUUUAAUUUCAUUAUAAAAUUCACAAAAGGAUUUCAAGUAGUUUUUUUCAUAAAGUAUUUUUAAUUUCUACUUUCUGACUGUAACUACCUUGUUAAAAAGUACUAAAAUGUUUAUAUAAAAUACCUAAAAUAAAACUAAGCUUUGAUACGCUUGGAA